GCUCGCGGCGGCGGCGGCGGCGGCGGGAGGUUCGGUUGUCGCCCGUUGGCCGCGCGGCGCCGCGCUCGGCGGCCGCCAUUGCAGCUUAUUUUCAGUGACUUUAUAAAGACGGAAGGCUCAUGGUACAAAUUAUUGUCUCAAGUGCUGGGGCUGGAGGCCUGGCAGAAUGGGUGCUGAUGGAGCUACAGGGGGAGAUCGAGGCUCGCUACAGCACCGGAUUAGCUGGAAACCACCUGGGAGACCUACAUUACACCACUGAGGGAAUUCCUGUGCUGAUCGUGGGGCAUCACAUCCUGUACGGGAAAAUCAUCCACCUGGAGAAACCUUUUGCUGUCCUAGUCAAACACACUUCUACGGAGCAGGACUGUGAUGAGCGUGGCUGUAAGACUGGCACCCAAUACUUGGUGACAGCACUCAUCAAAAACAAGAUUCUUUUCAAAACUCGACCCAAGCCCAUUAUCACCAACGUACCCAAGAAAGUAUGAAAGAACCCCGGAUUUUCCCUAGAGAGCGGCCAACGCCUUGGACUCGUGCUUCACUGCCACCUCGAGGACGGCUGGACAGUUCCCUGGGACCACAGGGGGGGCAGGGUCUAAACACUCGCCACCCCCUGGGCAUGGCCUCAGAUUCCUUCCUUAGGGCCACUGGUUCUCUUGGUGGAAAUCUGGGCCCGUUU